AAUUCUUUAUUGUGCGAAUCUAGAAAUAUUGAAACAAAAAUGGCAGGCAGAAAGAGACCAGUUCCUGAAGAUGUGACAACUGAAGGCGAAGGCAGUGCGCAGCCAAAGUCUAAGAAGAAAUUUAAGCCACUUGACCCUAAGAAAUUCGGCGGGAUGACUGAGGAGGAAGUUUGCAAGCUUGUGCUGCCUGACCACAUGAAACCUGACAUGGACAUUAUCUUCAUUGGUAUCAAUCCUGGACUCUAUUCUGCCUACCUUGGGCACCACUAUUGCAAUGCCAACAAUCACUUCUGGCCAUGUUUGUACGAGUCAGGUCUGAUACCCAAGAAACUGUCCUACAAAGAAGAUGCUGAUUUGAUUGACUAUGGAAUAGGACUCACCAAUAUUGUUCCCCGGACAACCAGAGCUGCUGAUGAGUUAAGCAGAAAAGAGAAGAAAGAAUGGUCCGCUGUAAUGAUAGAGAGGAUGAAGGAGUUGAAACCAUUGGUAGCCUGCUUCAACGGCAAAGGAAUUUAUGAGAUAUUCAGUGGGGGAAAGUGUACCGUUGGUGUUCAACCAAAGCCUCUCCCAGGAACUGACACGGUGGUGUAUGUCAUGCCGUCCACCUCGGGGAGAGCAGCUACCUACCCUAAGAGGACAGACAAGCUCCGAUUCUUCAAUGAGCUAAAGGAUUUACGAGACAAUUUGAGAGCGAAAAGGCAGUCAUCCGCAGAUAGUUCUAUUUGUGAGCAAUUGAGUUCUAAAACAUGAACAUACUUACAGCAAUGUAGAAUUAUUUUCUUGACAUUUAUAUCUCAUUCAUUCAUCUCACUGUACAGUAUAUUGAUGAUCAUAGUGAAGUGGAA